AUGACUCGUAUUAACAAAAGUCCCCAGGACAUGUGGAAAGAAAUAAAAAGUUUUAAAUGUAAUUGAAAGAAAACUUUGUGCCACUUCUAGUCUUGAUUAAAUGGUAUUCUCGUUAUGAUGUGACAGUAUAUUGCACAGUACAAUUUAGUGUCAUCCAAACCUAUAGUUUCUUGCAAUCCUUUCACUCACAACAAACGGAAUAGCUAGGAGUAUUUCUUGUUCAUGACGUCAACUGGAGUGAAUUUAAAGGGUUCAUGGCAGUUCUUCCAGGGACAUAAAUCCGUUUCUAAUUAGUCUGAUAUAUUACAAAUCUGCGUGUAUGUUUUUGUUCAUUCUAUUCUAAAGGAUAAAAACAUACAACGAAAUAUUGAAAUUAGACUUCCUGGAGCCUUGAGAUGACGGAAAUGACCAUCCUGACAGUCUUCGUUGUACUCAAUGUAGUGGUUCUGACCAGUGGCCACGCCGGACAUGGCUCACACCAGACUCAGCAACCACAAAGUUUUGGUGACCCGAACGUGAUUGGCGAUCAAGAGCACUUGAAGCAACACAUGAAGGGUCAAAUAAAUACAGAGAAACCGAUGACACCUGCAGAAAUGGAGUUUCAUUAUUUUAGGCUCCAUGACACCAACAACGACACGUUGCUGGACGGCCUUGAAAUAUUGAAAGCACUAAGUCACAUGAUGCCUCCGAUGGACUUUGCUCCCCACGAGAUGAAUGGCAAGACUGCUGUCGAGAUAGAGGGAAUGAAGAAUCAGAGGAUCAGGGAGAUGAUGGGCAACUACGUCCAAAUAAUCGAUAAUGUUCUUCUCUCCGAUGACCAGAACAAAGAUGGCUACCUCAGUUACCCAGAAUACUCAGUGGCGCGAAGAAGAGAUGCACAGAGAAUGAAAGAAAUGCAGGAAAAAAUGUUGCGAGAUGCCAAUCUGGCCAAAGAGGAAAUGUUGAGUAAACAGCAACAGCCAUAUAACACUGGCUUGUAAAGAAAAGUGCGCAAACCAUGAUUUCAUGAAUGUGUGAGUGAACAUUGCGUAGAUGUGAUAACUUAUUUCUGGAAUGGAGUGCUGUUACUGAGUGUGUUAGUAAAGUAUUUGUAGGAAAACGAAAAGAAAUAAAGACAAUAAGGAAAGUG